AUGGCUGGUGCUUCUUCUCCAGAUCUCGAGGGGCUCAGGUAUCACCCAAAGGCCACACUGACACUGCCAAGUCAGAGAGACGUGGUGUACAUUGGAGACACGAGGGAAUGUGACAUACAGGGGAGUCCAAUUAAAGAUGUCACUGGACAAACAUACACCAUCCAGUCUGUGACUCAGUCUGACAGUGGAGCAUACUGGUGCAAAGCUGACAGAAAUGAUCCUACUCAUCACUUACAGAACAGUAAUGCUGUUACUCUGAGUGUUAAAGAGCUGUUCACCAAGCCCUCCCUGACAGUCCACCCCAGUACCACAUUGUGGCAAGGGGACAGUGUGACCCUGAGGUGUCAGUCUGAGAGUCUAUUGCAGGGGACACAACUGAGAUACAAAUUCUACAGAGACGAGGAACCUGUGAGUCAAAGAGCUUCAGAGUCGGAGUUCACAAUUCCUUCAGCUCGACCAGAGAAGUCCGGCAGUUACUGGUGUGAGGUGGAGGAAGAAGGGAAGAAGACUGAGAAGAAAACAAGUGAGCGAGUGCAGGUGACCGUGAGAGCAUCCAGUCUCCCUAUUAUUUUAGGCUGUGUUGGAUCCUUUCUGUUUCUUUUGAUACUUCUGCUCUUCGUAUAUCACAAGACUCGAGGUUUGCCGUGCUUUGAGAGUAAAACGGCCAGGAGAAAAGAUAAAAGAAUGGAUGUGAAUACCCCAGGCGGAGGGGCUGUCCAGAUGGAGGCAAUAAAUGAGAAGGGAUCAAAAACAGAAGUGUUUUAUUCUGAGCUGGUGAACAUUCCCAAAACUAAGAAAAAAGGAAUGCCCCCUGUGAACAGCAGCCCUGCUGCAGUGUAUUCUGAAGUUAAAGUCCAUCAAGGUGGUUCUACUGCAUCUAACUGUGACGUCCUCUAUUCAGAAAUCAUAAAAGGAAAAACAAAUGAAAAACAAGGGAAAAUGCUGUCAAAUUCCCCACAAGUUGUGUACUCUGGCAUGAAAUUCAAGAAUUCUUCAGGUGCUUCCCCAGCUGCUUCUUCCUUUUCUCUUUAUGAAUAAAUUCUCACAUGAAACAAGAAGAAGUAACACAAGGAGGCAUCUGGUGUCACAUCAAUGAGCCCUCAGGGUCUUCUGUGGGCUCACUUCUGCUUUUGAAAGUGGCCUCUUCUCAACUGCAUUGAAGAUGAACUGCCGUCCCUUCCUGCGUUGGUUCCUCACUCUCUCUGGCUUGCUAUGGACCCUGUGAUGUGCAAAGAAAGUUUAAAAAAUGAAUAUGAGUUGUGAUUUUAUACUUUUUAAAAUAUUUGUUAUGCUUUUAGCUUUACAGUUAAUCAUUUUGAGCUUCUCAUUAACCUUGUAUGCCAUGAAAUAUGCUUAUAAACAGUAUGUAUAACAUAAAAUAAUUUAAACUGUUGCCUUUAAAAGUGCAUAUUAAUUUAAAUGAUGUACUUUAUUUUUAUG